AUGCAUGCAUCUGUUUGUGUGUGGAGCCAGCACUUACUCUGCUCACGGUACUCCGCUGUCUACAAAUCCUGCAAAGUUAGCGAGCUACAAUGGCCAAGCGCGGCAGAGACGAUUGCCCCGAGAGAGAUAAAUGACUCAAAAGCAUAUGACAUCCUCACCUCGCCCAUAGCUCCAGAAUUCAGCUCACCUUUCCCAUCUCUUCCUCCCCUCCUGUUAUCCAUUUCUAGACUGUCUAAAAUGAUAGUUGACUCUAUUCUGCGAGCUCAUCCCCAACACAAACGUUUUGGCCCGGCGAUGAAUGACCGACCCGAUGAACGCUCUCCUGAGCCUGUUCAGCGUGUGCAUCUUCUAGUUCCUGUAGAGAUCGCUUCAGAUGGUCAUCUUGGUCAGUCUCCACCGGCGUGUGCACAGCCAAAGUUGUGGGGCGGAGCGAAGAAGGAUAUGGUAAUUCUGGCUGUGCAGGAAAAAAAUGAGGAGCGGCUUCUCUAUGACCAUGAGAUGCGCUAA